AUGUCUUCAGAAGAUACAGACAACUUUGAAAAUAUAUGUUCACUCAAUGAUGAGUCUGAUACAAGACAUUCUUCAAAAUCAUUAGUAAUACCUAAUAAAAGCCCAUUGAAAAUAAAACUAAAAAUAAAUAAAAAAACUCUUGAACAUUCUGAAAGAAACAAUUCAAGUGUUGUGACACAUAUCAAGCCAGAAAAAAAUGAUUUGAAUGAAAAAUUAAAUUCAACAUAUUUAGAGGAGUUGGUAGAGGAAAAUGAAGAAAUAGUUGCAUUAGAAAGAGAAAGAGAAAUAAACAAUGUCAAUGAAGGUCCUAAAAUGAAAUUAAGAUCUACUAAAGACACUGAAUUUGAAGUUGAAUUAAAGAACAAAGAAAUAUGUGACAGGAAAAAAAAAACCCAUGAUUUUUGCUGUGAUUCUAAUUUAAAAAGGUCAAAAAGGCAAAGAAAACUAUCAAAAAUUAUUUAUCAAGAUAAUUCUGAUAAAAUAGAUGGUAUUAAUAAAAAAUUUCAAAAAAAGGAAGAGAAUGUUGUUAAUGUACCAAAAAAAAUAGAUAUGACAGAAGAUUCAAUAUGUGUAAAUAAAGAAUCUUUCUGUUGGACUUGCCAUAAAGAUGGAUCCGUUGUAAAAUGCGAUACCUGUCCCCGAGUUUUCCAUUUAAAAUGCGUAUCUUUAUCAAAGGACCCGUCAAAAAAUUGGAUAUGUCCCGAAUGCAGUUUGGUUCUGCAUGCCGAAAAAAUGUCAACCAGAUCUGAGGCUAUGAAAAGUCUUUCACUUGAUCAGCUUUGCACUCUUCUUAACUUUGCAAUCGGUAGGAUGAAAAAUGUUCCCGAGUCUCAAGUUUUUUGGAAGGCUGUAGAUCCUAAAGAAGUUCCUUCUUAUGAUAAGUACAUCACAAAUCCAAUGGAUUUAAAUUUACUUGAACGAAACAUGAAAGCAAAAAUGUAUGGUUCUCCUCAAGCUUUCCUUGCAGACACCAAAUGGUUGCUUCAUAAUUCAAUUAUAUUUAACUCAACUCAAAGUCCUCUCACAAGUACCGCCAGAUUUUUAGUUAAAAUUUGCCGUCAGGAAAUGGCAGAAAUAGAAAAUUGUCCUGAUUGUUAUUUAAAUGCUCAUACAAAAGAAGAUUGGUUUACUGAAGUUUGCCGAAAGCCUCACAUUCUUAUAUGGGCUAGGCUCAAAGGAUUUCCAUUUUGGCCAGCUAAAGCAAUGUCAACAAAUUUAAAAACACAACAAGUUGAUGCCAGGUUUUUUGGGGCUCAUGAUAAAGCUUGGGUUCCAGUAAAAGAAUGUUAUUUAUACAGUAAGGGCAGCCCUCAAAUUUUUAGUAAAAAAAGAUCUGAUUUGGACGAUGCAUUUUUAGAAGCUGAAACCUAUAUUAAAAAAAUUCGCCAAAUUUACGGAACUUUUUCUUACGCACCUGAUAAAACUCCUUUUGUUCCUGAAUUAUACGAUAAGCAAUUGCAAAAGAUUUCAAGUGAAAUUUGUAAGGUUUCGGAAUCUGUUGAAAAUCAAAUUUCACAAAAACUUGAAAUCUGUGGUAAUCGUAACAAAAUAAAUGAGGAGCAAGUAGAAGAAAAUUGCAUUGAUUCACAAGAAAAUUUAUGUUUACCAACUCUAGAACAAAGUUUUAGUCCAGAAACUGAUUCUUUAAAUGAAAAAUAUUCAACUGCUUCUGAAUGUCAAUCAGGAAAUGAAAUAAUUGAAAAAUCAGAACAUGUUGAAGAGCAAGAGAAAGAAAAAAUUUGUGAAAAUGAACUAGUAAGUAAUAAUAAUGAAGUGCCAGAUAAUGUUGACAAUCAAUUUCCCAAAUCUUUUGUUAACUUGUCUUGUGAUCAAAAGCAAAAAAUAAUAAAUGAGGCCAAAUUAUUAGCAACCCUAGAUGAAAUCACAGCUUUAGAGAAGCAAAAAGUAUUGAACGACUUGGGCUUAGAUGCAUCUACUGUUGAUAUUCGACAAUUAGCUCAAGAAAAUCGUGAAAUCCUUGAAAUUUUAAGCAAGAAAUGCCAAGAUUUUAGUGAGCAAUUAGGAGAAGUAGAUAUUAAAACGGAGAGUUCAGAAAAGUAUUUAAAAAAAGAAAACAAUGAUGUUACGGAUAAUGGGGAAAAUUUAAAUUUUAUUACUUCAAAAGUAGGUACGAUUAAAGUAAAAAAUGUUAAUAACCUGUUUGAAAAAAAUAGCAGUUCUGCAAAGAAAAAUUCAACUUCGCAGUUGUUACAAAUAAAAGACGUUCGAUCUCUACAAAAUUCUAAGCAUAAUUAUGAAGUUAAUGUUAAAGUAGAAAAAUCAUCAUUUAAUGACUCCAUUCAACCAAAAAAAUUAAAAUUAGAACCGGUUAAUUUAAAUGUAAUAUCUGUCGAUACGGAAAAUUCAACUGCUCAAAAGAAUUUAUUAAGAAGUUUGAGAUCGGAUGAGAAAACGGUGAAUGACGACGGAAAUAAAAAUGUCUUGAAUUCAGUAAGUGACGUUGAAAUGGAUCACAGUGAAAUUUCGGGAAAGAAUUCAAUGAAAGAAUUAACUAUUGAACCAAUAAAAAACAUUGAAAAUGAAAGUGAACAACAAAUUACUCGAGAUAAUAUUGUGUCACAAAAAAAUUUAACGGUUGUAGCUAAUUCUCACUUUCUACUGACCACUAGCAGGUCUCCAGUUGUUUCAGGACAAAACAAUCAACCAAAUUUAACAUUUUCCCAAAACAAUUUAGGUCAGUUAAGUUUAGUUCAUUUAUCAAAUAUGACGAAUGGAAUUCAAACGAAUUUUGUUAAUCUCUCUAAUGAAAGUGUCGGUUUUAACAAUUCUUCUACUGGAACAUUGUAUGCAUCACAAGGAUUUAAUCCUAAUUUUCCUUCUAAUUCCGGUCUGGGAUCCGUUAUACUUACUCCAAGUUUAGGUUCAAAUGUACAAACUUCUUUGUCAACUGUCAAUUCAGGAACAAAAGGAAGUAAAAUUUCCAGUGAUUCACAGAAAUUUUCUGGAAACAGGGGGGAUUCGUCCAAGUCCGUAUUAAUUACUUCUCAAAAUAAUAAAUUUUCUCCAGUGAUUGAAGUACCGGGUGAAGAAAUGACAUUAUCAGGAGAAGUUGGUUCUGUUACAGCAGAACUCAAUAAGUAUUCAGCAAAGAUGGCAGAUUACAUGAAAACAGCAAUUGAAAAUUUAUUAAGAGAGCUUUCCAAUCAGGGAUCUUUGGAAGCAAAAUAUAAAUUAUUAAUUCUUGAAAUGGAAAAACUUCAGUGGAAACAUCAACAAGAAAUAUCUGAAUUAAAGCAACGCUCAGAAAAAACAUUAAUGGAACUGAGAAACACAUUACAAAUGGAUAAACAAAAAUCAUUAGACGAAUUAAAGAGUCACUUGGAAUCCCACUAUCAAAAAAUAAUAAGCGAAACCAAACGUAAACAAUGGUGUGCUAAUUGUGGUAAAGAAGCAUUGUUUUAUUGCUGUUGGAAUACUAGUUAUUGUGAUUAUCCUUGUCAACAGCAACAUUGGCCUGGUCAUAUGAGUAGUUGCGCACAAUUGGGGAAUAAUAAUGUGUCAAUUGGAAGUACUACCAAUCCCCAAAUGCAAGUAAGUAAAAGAAAGAAUAUGAGAGUUAUUUAA